AUGUCUCCUACAACCUCAAGAGAUAAAGAGCCAAAAAAUAAGAAGCGCGCCAAUGAAUCUCCUGCUGAGCCUCCGAAGAAACGCCCUCGUGGUGCACCGGAUCCGGCCCAUGACUUGCUUACCAAUGAGCAAGCUUCCGUCGAUGACGAUGUCAAGGAGAAAGGAGGAGAGACAGUUACACCACCGUCGGAGUCGUCUUCUACUACCACAAAGGCAACUGCUACCGCAGGUUCUGCAGCGAGUGAUAUUCCAUCUGUUGUUGAGGACAAAAUCAUUCUUCCCGUCCAAGACAAAGUUCUCGAUGAAGACAUAGCCAGUCGGGCCCUGAUUCAACUCGGAGGACCUCUGCGCAUCACAGGUACAAUAACCCCUGCUGAGACGACGCUACCUGAAGACUAUCCCACGGAGCUUAACGGGUUCAGCAACCCGGAUGGCCUCACGCAUGAAGAGAUGAAGCACAUCGCGUCUUACGCCACACGUGAUAACCCCACCAGCCGCAAGUAUCCUAUCGCUGCCCUCCCAGCCGGUGCAACUUGGGGUUCAUCUCAGAAUAAACCUGGCCACAAGAAGGCUAAUGCGGCCCUCAAAACCCUGAACGCCAAGUCACAGUUUUCUCCUAGCGACGCUCCGAAAUUCUUAUGUCUGUCAAACAAGCCCGUUCGCGUAACCACCGUCGGCGAGGUCCGCUCGUUCUGGUUCUUCACCAAGCGUGAAGUGGAGAACCGUACCACAGUUUGGGCUUCCCGCUGGCAGACGGUACGCACUCGUGGAGACCAAGCAUCUGUGAGCCUUCCUUAUCAGCGCGUUUUCGACGGUCGCGAGGAUGAUCCUCCCGUUAAGAACCCCGACCUCAGUGCAGCCGACAUUGCCAUUGGAGACAUUGUACUGCUACACUGUAACGUCUAUCGCUACCCGCCAAAGGCCGCGUCGGGUACGAAGAAUCGGUGGGACAAAUGGACAGCGAGUCUAGAACUUCUGGACAUAGUUUACCUUAUGAAGGGCCCAGAGUUGCCCGAGCCCGAACCAGUUCAAGAUGGCGCUACUCUGACUGAUUAA